AUGUAUUCUUUUGAAUUUAGCAAUUCGAAAAAUUUUCGAUCUGCCAGGUUUUCAAAUCUUUUGCUUAAGAAUCUACGCAUCAAUUUUCGAGGUGAGGGCAUACGACCUGGUAGAUGUAGUCUGGUCUCAGGCUUCGCAGGGUCGAGCUGCGACUUCGAUGUUUCGGCAGUCAGGAUCAGGUACAGCGUGUCAGCAUCUCGGACAGAGCAGGGAUGCAGAUCCUCUGUUCCAGGUCUGGAAGCUCCUGCGUCUCGGGCAGAGCUUCAGCAGGUCAUCUUGACGGAGUCGUCAAGCGACGUCAUCUGUCUAUUAGUUUUUGCAUCAAAAGAAGAAGCAAACUUUUUCAUACAUCGCCGCCUCCUGUACAAUAGGUUUGAUUUGGAGCUUUUCCUUCCCAGCAACCUAGAAAGAGAGUGCCUUGAAGAGUUUUGUAAUUAUGAGGAAGCCAGAGAGAUUUUCCUGGAUGAAGAUAAAACGUUGGAAUUUUGGAAGGAAUAUUCCAUUAAAGGACCAACCACAAAAUCAGAUGGCAGCAGAGAUAAAAUUGAUGUUAUUCACAUUAUGAUUGGAAUAAUAGCUGGUGGAGCACUUUUGGUUAUUUUUGGGCUGUGUUUUUAUUAUGUGUGCAUAACAAGGCGUAAGAGACAACCACACGCAGGUUGUUCAGUCGCCUACGCAAGAAAUGGCAGCUCUUCCAUCAGCAUCAGAAGGCCCGAGGAAGCUGUCCUAUCUCCAUUGUCGGCAUCUUUGGAGGACACUGGGUUGCCUUCCUAUGAACAGGCAAUGGAACUGAACAGAAAACAUAACGUUUCACCGCCACCACCUUAUCCUGGGCUGGCAAAAGGAUUCAGGGUAUUUAAAAAGUCUAUGUCAGUCCCAUCUCACUAAGCCCACCCUGCCAUCUCAAUACAAGAAAUUUGUGUUAUUCAAAUGGUUCAUCCUCUCUGAACCAAAAAAGACAAGACUAUUCAGUGACAAAUUUCAAGGAACAAAGGAGGAAUAAGCAUAUGAAUGGUAUCAUAGUUCCGUUUACAUCUUGGACUCAAACUUGAUCAUUACACCUUGCUAAGAGAUUUUUGACUCUAUAUCCAUACAGUAAAGAAGAAAGCACUCUUUUGGUAAUGUAUAUUCUAAUGGUUCAAAAAUCUUUGUUAUAGAUUAUCAGAGCCAGGGAAUUGUUUGUGUCCUUUGUACAAAGAUUGUAGGUUUCUUGUGUUGAAUAUGUAAAAAGUAAGAAUUUCUAAUCAUCCACAAUAUCCCAGAUUGAUACUGGACCUACUUUCUAUUAAGUUUGGGGAGAUGAGAAGCACUUCACAGAAUCUGGCAUUUCAAUAUAAAUCUUUAAGUAAUCACUUGGUGUAAUAUUUUGAAUUAUUGUGUAGCAGUUACUACAUUUUUCAGGGUUUAGUUCUUAAUUCUUUUGUUUUAGUUCUUAACUCUUGUUGUCAGUCCUGUUUUAUUAUAAUAAGCAUGGUCAGUAGCUUUCUUUUUCUAAAAAAUACUAUUUUCUAUGAAGUUAGUUUUUCAGAUGGGUUCCAAUGACACAGAUUUGCAAAGAUUAUGUUAUCAGUAAAUAUGCCUCUCGCCUAUCUAUCACUUAUUAGAACUGAUAAAGUUACCUAUAUUACUGAGGAGUAUAUGUGCUGUCAUUACUAAAUUAUCUAUACCUACAUCUAUUUAUAUCUCUGUAUGUCUAUGGAGUAUAUGUGAGUCUGUUCUUUUACGAAGAUAAAAAAAAUAAUGUACCCCUAAAAAAUAGAACAGGAAUUCUGUUCUUUAUGACUUUGCCAGGUACUGCAUUUUUCCUGUUAUUUUAGAUCAUUUAGAAAAUGUUAUUUUGUUUUAUAAGUUUUACAGAGGUGUGAGUUAAACCCACAUGCAUUUGAUAAUUCCUACUAAAUUAAAUGUUUAGAAAGUAUACAUCAUAUUACAAUGCAUGUGUGAGUAUAUGAGUCUCUCCGCCCCCCUUUUUUUUUUUCCUUAAUGUACUGAGGGGUGAACCUUGGGCCUUUACACUGAGCUGCAUUC